UAGACCAAAAGAGCAACACUCAGAAUUGUCUUCCUUCCCCUUUCCAUUAUUCUCUUCAGAAUUAUACAAAAUCGUAAUAGUCCACCAAACCCAGAAACCAGGAGAAGAGCUCCUCUUCAGCUUUUCGGUUAUCCCAAUCGCCAUGGCUCUUGCAUCUGACGACGCUUGCAGGAUAUGCACCCACUGUGAGAGAGCUAUCCCGUCUUUGAAUAUUGAUCUGCAUUACGCUCAUUGUGUCCGCAAUCUGGAGAAAUGUAAAGUUUGUAGUGACAUGAUUCCAAAGAAACAUGCUGAGGAACAUUACUUAGACAACCAUGCCCCGGUAUCUUGUUCACUUUGUAGUGAGACAAUGGAUCGUGAUAUAUUGACCAUCCACAAAGGUGAAAAUUGCCCUCAAAGAAUUGUCAAUUGCGAGUUCUGUGAGUUCCCAUUGCCUGCUGUAGAUCUACCUGAGCAUCAGGAAGUAUGUGGCAAUCGGACAGAAUUUUGUUCUUCUUGUAGAAGAUACGUUCGACUUCGUGAAAGAUAUAACCAUGACGCUAGUUGCAAUGUUGUACAAGACGAUACCGUGGGACCUUCCAGGGAUGUCAGGGCAGCUGAAAUAGGGCAAGGUCCCCAAAGAAGAAGACAGCCUAAUGAGUUUUCACGGAGAGGGCUUGUGUUUACCAUUGCAUUAACAGGCAUUGCUGUUCUAUUGGGAUCUCUUUUUUUCCAGAAGAAGGCAGAGGGCAGUCAAGUAAAUUAGCAGCUGAGAACCUAGUUUAUGUACAUCUUUUCAAAGCGCUUGUAAUUUUUUCUGUAUCUUGAACCUUCUGAAAAUCGUACUCCACUUUUGUAACCGUAUAAAACUCCCAUGAGUUGUCUUUAUGCACCGACUGAUUCUGCUAAAUUGACAUGCUUUCUGUUGGCUCUAACUGACUGAUUGAUCUAAAGUUCAUCCUCUCCUAUUGAAGAGAGAACAUAUUUAAGAUUGA